AUGACAGCUGAAGGGAUGCUGACGACGGGCAGACCACCUCUUGUCCGAACACGAAGUCGAAGUUGUACAAGCAAACCACCACGGAUCGUUAAAACACGCUAUGAAAGUUCAUCCGAGAGCUCCGAGGACGAAGCGGUCUCCCAAUUGAGUCAACUGAGUCCUCUACGCUCAAUGCAAAUGCGAGUUGGUGAUCUGAUCCAGAAGAGUAUUAUCGAAGGACAACGUUUCGCGCUCAGUAGCGAUCUGUGGAGGUAUGCAACGACCACAGCACAUUGUGAUCUUCUUAUCACAUUUAAGUCUAAUCAGGAGGAGGAAAAUAUGCAACAAGUAGUCUCUUGGCUGGUCGAUAUUAUUAAAACAUACGAGCCACAUCUUCGAAUAGAGGUACGACAUCAUAAUCUGAAGGAUUGUUACGCACUGUACUUGACGGCUAACUAUAAAAGUUUAUUGAAAGGAGCUGAACUAUGCCAUAUUAAAAAACAAGUGAAAAGCCGUUUUGGUGGUGGAUUACGAGAAUUCUCGUUCGAAGAAGCGCAAUGUUUUUCCGGUAUCGAGGGAAGAAACACAUUUUUAACGGAUAUGGAACGAGCAUUUAUUGUGAAGCAGCUUGUCGAUAUGAUACGAGCACCAAGUGGAGGAUUAACGCUCCAGUUACCGACGAAAAAGGUGAGGAUACGAGAGGGAAUGGCCGUAGUUCCUCGCUUAAUUUCGGCAAAUCUCAUCGAGAACAUGCUCCCUUUGCACAGUUCGGAAUUCCUCAAACAUUUACAACACAAAUGGGUACUGUCGAUUGAUGAACAACCACUCGAUGAGAUCCGUGAUUAUUUCGGUACGGAAAUUGCGAUGUACUUCUCAUGGUUGGGUCAUUUGACCACGGCUUUAUGGUUUCCUGCCCUGCUUGGACUGCUCAUGUAUUUCGUUGGUUUUGCUUACAAAACAAAACCGGAUGUAAAGCAGAACACAUCCCAGCUCUUCUACGACAUCUGCUUCGUUUGUUUUGCCUUCUUUAAUUGCGUUUGGUCGACUGCAUAUUUGGAAUCAUGGAAGAGAAAACAGGCAGAAUUAGCGUUCAGAUGGGGAACGUACGACAACAAUUGCGAUUCCUACCUCCAAGAUCCACGACCACAGUUUCAGGGCGAAUAUUUUGCUCCGAAUCCUGUUUCGGGACGUGUCGAGCCGUAUUAUCCACCUUGGAAACAUGCCAUUGUUCGAUACGGAAUAACAUAUCCAUUAACGGCACUUUGUGUCGUUUUCAUGUUUGCCACCAUGCUUAUGGUCUUCCAAGUACAAGACGCAGCGGAUUUUUAUUUUGGUAAAAGUUCACUGCUUUUCUGGAUUUGCUACCUUCCAAUGGUCGUUUACGCGUUGAUGAUUGUGAUAAGUGACAAGUUAUAUCGUCAGCUAGCGCUGUUUCUCAACGAUUUUGAGAACUACCGCACAGAUGAUGAGUACGAAGACUUCUUGAUCAGUAAAAUUGUGAUUUUUCAAUUUGUAACCGCAUUCGGAUCAUUAUUUUACAUCGCUUUUUAUCUCAAAGAUAUGAAACGACUUCAGGAGACGUUAGCCACAUUGCUUAUUACUCGACAAAUAACGCAGAACGUUAUGGAAACGGUUGUUCCUUUUCUGGUAGAAAAGGUUAAACUCUCUCAGCUUACCUACAAAAUGACAAAGAGUAUGAGUAACACAAGCCUUCGUCGUCAUGUUGAAGAAGUUAGAAAAAAGAACAAUUUGAGUGGAAGUGAACUGAGGGCUCCACAACAAACACGACCGUAUUUUACGAUAGAACCUUCUUCGAGCCAAGGAAUUAGAAAGAGGUUUUCCCAGCGAAGGCUGGCCGGAAGAGAAAAUGAGCUGCAUCUUCUGGAGAACCUGAAUCAAACAUUCGCCGGUGACGAAGCUCAACGCUCUGCAAGAUUACCGCUACCAGAAUUCAAGCCAUCUGGAUCAGGAGCACCGGAGUUGACACAGGCCGAGCUGGAAAGUCUGAUGGCUGUCUACGACCGCCCACUCGACGACUAUCUCGAAAUGUUUAUUCAAUUCGGCUACGUGCUCCUCUUCUCUCCCGCAUUUCCCCUGGCUGCCCUAUGCGCUGUUGUGAACAACGUGGUUGAGAUAAGGGUGGACGCGUUCAAAUUGUGCAACACAGUUCAACGUCCAUUCGGAAGGCAAGUCAAGGAUGUCGGAGCAUGGCAAAAAGCAAUGGAAUUGCUGGGAAUGGUCGGUGUCAUGGUGAAUUGUGCUCUGAUUGGUCAGUCAGGGUUGGUGCAAAGGAUAUAUCCGGAUUUGAGUUGGGGAGGACAGGUUCUGAUCGUUGUCGUACUGGAGCAUAUUAUUCUUGCGUCGAAAAUCUUCAUCGACCUCGCAGUACCUGACGUACCGCAUUGGAUACGAAUAGAGACUGCAAAACAAGAGCAUUUCCGCAGAGAGGCUUUUAAGCGAGAAUCGCGGAUGAUCUCCUCUUCCAAAAUGGGUGAGGGUGACUCAUCCGCUACUGUGGAUCUGCCAAGACCCCAGAACCUCGCAGAAAAUCGACUUCAAAGACGUAGUGUCACACCGGUAGCAAGAAUGAGCCAAUUUAAACGGGAUAAAGACAGUAAUUGUAUUGACGACAAUUAUUGA